AUGGGAAACGUAAGUAUGAGUAGGGUCCGCAAGCCAUUUCUUCAAAACGAUCCAAAAAAUAUGUUUUUUUUUAACACUGUUCGAUAGAGGAGACUGUCCAUUUUCAUAAUCCGUUCAGUUUUAGAAAAAAGCUCCACUAAGAAAAAAGUUAUGGCCAAAAAACGAGCGUGCGCGGCGUACAACUGAAGGCAAAAUCUCACGGUUUACCCUGCUGCCGCACGCUUUCUUUUUAAAUGUUUUUUUGCGCAUUUCUGAACCGUUUUUCGAAUCGGUUUUCUGUUCUGAGAGGUUGUCCGGACUGAGCUUCAUGUUUUGGUAUGAAUCUUUUGUAUCAAAUCCUCAUAAGAAUUUUUUUGAUAAAAUAUCAAAAAAACUACUUAGAAAAAAAGGUUAGAAGGAAUUUUUCAGCUUAUUUUUUUCUUUUUUUCUAAUCAGAAAAAAAUUAUUAUCAUUUCGAUUUGGAAAAAUAAAGAAAAAAAUGAAAAAAAUAAUGUUGAUUUCGAAAUAAAACAGGAAAAAAAUGUGCAAUUUGACUCCAAAAACGGCUCCUGCGACAUUUAAAAAGGGCGCAUCGGUGUGUUUGACGCAAACACUGCUACGGACACUUGCACGAAAUCUUCCGAAACUUUCAAAAAAAUUGCCAUUUUUUUCGAGGUUUUUCAAAGCUCGUUACUUUUUUUUCGCGUCGAUCGAUUUUUCAUAAUUUUUUUCCAUUGAUAGAAUUUUUGAACGCUUAAUAACAUAAUCAAAAAGUAUAGACGCGAUCCUAUUCUCUCAUGCGUCAACGAGGCAGACGAAAAAAAGGAGGUUUUGGUAAAACUCAAAUAUAAUUUGAUUCGCUGUCCCAAUAAUUAUUUUCAUUUUGAAUUUUUCAUUUUUUUGGAGCACAUUGUGAGUUUUUUUAAAUCAAAAAAAGUAUACCAUGUCGCUGAAGUUUUUUUCGCAUUUCAGCUUCAAAGUUUGGUGUCACUUUACAAGCUUCGAUUUUUCGCGUCGUUAGAUUUUUUUAAAUUUUUUUAUUCAAAAAAAUAAAGAAAGUGUAAAUGUAUAACAUACUUAAAAAUUUAGAAGCGUUCCUCACUUGGUUUUCUGAAACGCGACGAUUUUUGUGAAACUUGUCAGUUUUUUUCGUGUUAAAUCUUACUUUUUUUCGCUUAUUUUUUUGAAAAAAAUACGUAGUUUUAAAAAAAGCAUUUCAGUCUUGUAGAGCGUAGUCGAUUACAUGGAUUCACAGAAAACAGUUUAAUUUUUUUAAAGUGGGACUUUAGCUAGUAUAAACGCCUCAAAACCGUUUUUGCAACAAAAAAAUCGUCAUUUUGAUGGCGUGAAGGGGCGGGGCUUUGCGCCCUCUAAGUAUGAGAAUCGAGAAAAGGCUCUCAGAAAAGGUUUUUAGGACGGUUCGAAGCAGGCGGCGAAGCAAGCGGAGCUCAACCAGCUGAAGCUGAAACUUGAAGCUGAUCUUCAACAUCAAGCAAACCAGCUUCGAGCGGAAAAAGAAGCUGCAGAACGAAGUCUGGCUGAAGCCGCUCGUCAGGAAAGAGAACGAGCCGAUCGGGAGCGUGAGAUCCGCCGCGAGAAUCAAGCAGCUCUGGAACGGAUCGAACAACGUCGGAGUGACGCGAUCAACGCCCAUCAGGCUCGUCUGCAAGCCCUGUCGGAGAACGAGAAGGCCAUGAGGGAGAAGACCCUCACAGCCAAUGCGGAGGAGCGACAGAUGAUGGCGAAUCUGCACAGCGAGCAGGUCCGACUGAGCGAGGAGAGCCAUCGGCUGGAGAUGCAGGAGCUCGAUAAGGAGAAGGAACGAAAUUCCGAGGAGCACAGCAAGAGGAUGGUGGAGCUGGAGAGGCAAAAAGCUCUAAUCAAUGAUCAACGACGUGAAGACGAAAAUGAGCACGCGGCUCGAAUGGAGAGGCUGAGAAAGGAGCAACAGGAGACGGUGGAACGACUCGCGAGGGAGGUCCAGGAGGCCCAGGACGCCAACAACAGGGCGAUUCUCGACGCGGCCAACAGAACACUAGCUCUACAGACGACGCAAGCCUUUAAUCUUUCACAAAUCGUCGAAGCCAUCAACGGCAGCACCCAAACGCACUUCUUAAAGGUAACUACUUACUAAUUUUGGGUUUUUGGUCAAAUUUCUCGUCGAACCUUCCCACUGUAUUCAUGUAAAACUUUGCUAUGCAAAAUGAAAUUGUGACCCUUUUUUGUGCGAGGUUCGGUUCGGGAAGGUUAGGAAGUUUUUUCGAAUAUUGUUUCAAAAUCAUUCAAAUAUGUUCUGGAAGGGAUUGAAACGAAAAUGAGCCACGGAAAAGUCAAUCCAUGACGUAAAAGCUGGGUAUUUGUGCGCCAUUGCUAAAAACCGCGGUGAGCUGAGUUCAGAAGAAAACUCAAACUUUUUCGUGAAUAGCUUUCAUUUGUUCUCAUUUUCAAAUUUAGAAAAAAAAAACUGUUUAUUGCAUCUUCAAUGUAAGAAUACAUGUGCAAUCGACUUUCAUUGAUUUAACUGUGUUUAAACGGCAGCAGGAGCUGUGGCUUAGGCAGAGAAGUCGUGAAUUUCGCUCGUAGAACAUCAGGUACAAGAGAGGUCGUAGGAAGAAGUACGGUGCCGGCUUCCCAAAGGUCGAUAGCAGAGAUUGAGCCUUUUUCGCUGCAUGCAGCUUCCAAUUUUAUCUACCCCGGAGGGAUGAAAGGCUUGGUCGACCUCACGGGGACUCGAACCUACGACCUUGCGGAUGUUAGAAAUGAGUUAUGCCAGCUGACCUAUGCCGCCCCCGAAAAAAAAGCCAAUCUCAAAACCCCAUUUUCUUUUUUCAAAAAUCAUCCACCUCAAUAAUUUCGUCUACUUGUAGUAAACUUGUGUUUUUUUUUCAAUAUUUUUGAUAAAUUAUGAAAUAAAACUUCAGGACGACGUUUCGAGAUUGAAGCAAAAGUGGCAGAAAUCUGAGAGUCAGUGGAGGAGUGCACGAAACGAGGUUAUUUUUUCAUAUUUUAUUUCGACAUGUGAUUUGACGUCAAGAAUUGAUGACUUUUUUCCAAUACCUAGUUAGGAUUUCAUGAGAUUCUUCGAAUUCGGAAUGAUUUUUCGUAUAAUUUAAACCUCAAAAAUGAACAGAACUUGGAGUUGCUUCAAGAUGAUGGAAUGCAUCACUUUGUUUGAAAAAAGAGACAUUUUCGAAGCAACCCAGACUUGCGAAAAGUAUAAGGAUGUGUCAGUCCUUUUAAGGUAGUACUAGAGAAAUACUAACGCGACUCGAAAGACCGCUCGCUUUUUCAAGGAGUUCCCAAUUUCUGAGAAGUAUAGCCUGUGUAUAACGACUUGGAAUUUCACCGAACGACAUUCCGCUGUGCCGCUGCGCGCCUUUGCGAACCUUGGUCGCGCUUUUAAUUUUUUUUUUCUUUUAUUGAGGUACUCUACUUUCAUUUGCUCCCACAGCAAUAACAAUCAAUUGAAAGCGUGACCUUGAUUCGAAAGACGCUUCGCGAACGCACGCAGCGGAACAGCGGAAUGUCGUUCGGUGAAAUUUCUAGUCGUGGCACACCGACUAUAUAACCCUUGUUUUAUGCCGGGUUCAAAGAAACUUGGAAAUAUCUCUGACGGCUAUACGCAAUUCGUUUAACAUUCGGAUUCGUUUGAAACUAACAUGCUGUAAAUCUCAAAAAACCUAAAAAUCGGUCCUUUUCCACCACCAUUUUCAACCAAAUAGGCCAAAAAAUCAAGUAAGAUCACGUGAAAAAAAAGUGGAAAACACCCUGCUUUGAUAAGAACUUUCCUUCCGCUUGUUUACGAUCUCUCCGAGGCGUUGAUUACAACUCAAUUCGACACAUCGAAAGCGAUUAUCGAGGCCUCUUGGAAUAGAUAAGAAAUUUGAUUUUGAGGUAGAGUCCUACAUUUUGAAAGGAUUCAUUGCAAAUUAAAAACGUGAAAAAUGGAAUUUUUGAAAAAUGUGAAAAUGUUUGAAGAUUCAUUCAAUUAUCUCGUUGUCAUAGACUUUCCGCCUUCGCCUGUUGAGAUUUGGAAGGUUGACUAAAAUAUGUUUGAGGAUGAUUUUUCGAAAAUGAAAGCAGAAUGAAACAAAUUAAUGUAACAUAUAGAGUGUGGCAACGAGAUUCAUUAAAAAAAAACCGAGAAGUUUGGAAAAUUCAACCGAGAAAUGUGAAAAAAAUAAUGAAAAGAAUGGAUUCCUUUUGGCCUGAAAGCUGUUAAGGCAGGGGUGCAUGGGUGAAGCGAAAAAUGCAACCCGCGCGCGCCUCCAUCCCCUUGUUACCUUUAGAGAGAAGAAACCGUUUUUUUAAUGUACUUAAUAUAUUUCCAUCAUGAAAGCAAAACUGAUUCAAACGAAUGGAAACAUUUUAAACGUGUAUGGAUAACAAAAAAAUACAUUAAAAAUUGUCCUUGAAAUAAUUUAGAAAAAGCGUCGCCACGCGCAAAAAUUUUUUUCUCCUCGCAUACACCCCCUCGUAGAACUGCAUCCGCUUUUUCAUUUUUUUAAAUUUUUUCGAUAGUUGUCUGUCUUAUCCAAACGCAGCCAAGCCUUGUUUUUCGAGUUUUGACUUCCAGAAGAUGAAUGAGUUGCUCAUCUAUAUGUUUCACUUUGUCCAAUCGUUGUCAGUCAACGUAUUCCAAAAAAAAAAAGUGCGUUUUGGGUGACAUUUUCAUUGCUUUUUUUUACUCUAAGGUUCACGAGUUUCGAUGGAAUUUUUUUUAAUUCUAUUUUGAUGAACUUUAUUUAUUCUUUGAACAUAAUACAUUUUCUUUAUACGAGCACCUGGAUAACUGCCUACCGUUCAAACAUAUUUGACGGUAUAGAUCCUUCAUUUUCAACUUUUUUAGAAGUUUUUCUUUUUAAAACUAUAAUAAGCGAUGUUUACAUUUAAAAAGUUUGGAAAAAAAAAAAAACGCUUGAAAAAAACCUCGCAAGAAAAGCAAAAAUUUUUUUAAUUUUUUUAAAAGAAAUCGUGCGAGUGUGCGUCGGUGUGUAUGCAUCAUACACACUGAAGACGGUAUUUAAAUGUUGUAGGAGCCGUUUUUCAUCAUCAAUUUUCAUUUCUUUAUCUUUUAUUGCUAAUUGAGAGCAUUUUUCAUUUUUUUUUACUUCCCUCAAAAUGGAAUGAUAAUAAUAUUUUCCGAAUAGAAAAGAGAUCUUUUUUGUAAGAAGCUUUUUCAUUAUUUCAUCAAAAAUUCCUAUGAAAAUUGUAUAAAAGAUUCAUGUCCAAACAUUAAGCUCAGUUCUGAAAACCUUUAAAAACUGGAAACUGGUUUGAAAACGGUUCAGAAAUGCGUAUUUCUUUGAACUCGCCGACGAGGGAACAGACAGACGCAGACACGCGAAAACUGUCAAGUCGCGGCGGACGGACUUUAGUGAUCUAAAAUAGAAAAAGUGCCAGAAGACUCGUCGCAAAUAUAUUAGAAAAGUGAAAAAUAUUACAUUUUUUUCAGAUCCAAAAGUUCGCCGGCGGCUUUACUGGCAGGGCUGUUGUUCAGGUAAGUUCUCCGUUAACAGUCAGAAAAACAAUUAUCUUACAACUCAGAUGGAACUGGACGAAUUGAGUACCAACUUGAACGAUUUCGGAAAUACGCUCGCUGGAGUUUCUGCUCUCGUCGGACACAAUUCAGUUUUGAAAGAAGAAGAAAGGAAUAAUCUCGAAGUUUCUCAUCUUGAUGGAAAGGGAAUGAUGGUGGAUUUCUUUCAGGAAAUAAUCGCUAAAGGUAUCUCUCUUUAUGGGGAGGUCGACAGCGCGUACAGCAGCUUGAACGGAAAAUUUCUUAUGGUUCGUUUCGAUUUCAUUGACAAAGUUGGGCGGACUUUUCAAGGUUCCUUAACGCUGUUCCUGAAAGCUGGACAAAAACGCUCCUUAGCCUAUUUUUUCCACUUUUUCUUGCGUCUUGAAGUCCUAGAAAAAUGUAAUGGUUGAUGGAUCAUUUCAGCGCAAGUUUUAACAUCACCUCUAAGGAUGCCAGAGUUUCUCUCCUAUCAUUUCACGACUAUUCAAAUUCAAAGAAAAGCCAAAAUUGUUUUUCUUAAAGUUUCUAAACCAAAGUGGAAAUUUAAUACGUGAAUCGUAUGUGUAAUUUUUUUACCACAACGGACAAAAUUUCAAAGUUUGAGAUAAUGAAAUAAAUAAAACUUGUCCAGAAAAAAAUGCCUUCACUCAGGUACUCGAGACUUUCUCCCGAGGAAGAAAUUCGGUAGAACCGCGGGAACAAAACUUCCCUUCAAAAACGAUAAAACUUCUGAUCCUCAUAAAAAAACACAACCUAGUAAGACGACGCCAUUUUUUUAUUCAUAACGGCUCGGGCUUCAUAUGAUCCGUUAUUUUAACUAUUAUUCGAUCCAAUUUCGGUGAAUUAAAUUUUGAAACUACUUCUUCUUUUUCAUUUUUCAGGAGUUAAAACCAGGAUAUCGUACGAUUCUUAUAUUUAUCAAUUUUAGGACGCAGAGCGAAACGAUUUGUUGAGGGCGGUUGAGACGAUGACCAACAAGAUCAACGAAAUCUCGCAGGCGCUCAACAAGAUCAACGUCGGGAAUCCUGGACAGCGUGUUCAGGAGGCCAUCGCUCAAGGGAUCGAAAGAGUUGCCAACAGUAGGAAUGCUGUUGGAGCUGCACCAUCUUUUCCGAGCAUCCAGCAGUAG